UUAUCGCUCUAUCUGUCUAUGGACCGCCAAAAUGUCGCUUUCUGUUUUGGUAUCAUCUCACAAUAAAAGAAAUUAAUUUCGCUAAUUUACUCAUUACUUAUUGAAUAACAGCAAAGUGAUUAAAUGCUUUAAUUUGUAAAUAUUUAAAGCAAAUCUGGUGCAUCAAUCAGCCAUGAAUACCACGGCACCGACUUCGGCGGAUGCUUGCCUGAGCAUCGUGCACUCGCUGAUGUGCCACAGACAGGGUGGAGAGAGCGAGGGCUUCUCCAAGCGUGCCAUUGAGUCUCUUGUCAAGAAACUGAAGGAGAAGCGGGAUGAGCUGGACUCUUUGAUAACGGCUAUUACAACUAAUGGAGCUCACCCUAGUAAAUGUGUGACGAUACAGAGGACUCUAGAUGGCAGGUUACAGGUGGCAGGUCGAAAAGGUUUCCCCCACGUAAUCUAUGCGCGCAUAUGGCGAUGGCCAGACUUGCACAAAAAUGAAUUGAAACACGUCAAAUUCUGUCAGUUUGCUUUCGACCUCAAAUGUGACUCAGUUUGUGUGAAUCCUUACCAUUAUGAAAGGGUUGUCUCCCCAGGAAUUGAUUUAUCAGGUCUCACCCUGCAGUCGGGGCCUAGUAGGUUAGUGAAGGAUGAAUACACAGCUGGUUUGAGUGGAAACGGUAUGGAUAUGGACACAGGAGAGAUGGUCACCAUACAGCAUCAUGCAACCAGUCCUCGACAUCAUCACACGCCGAUGCCGCACCAUCAUCAGCAGUUUCAGACGACAAACAUUAUUAUUAAUCAAGGACAAACGCCUGAAGGCGUUCCGAACAUGUUUUCACCGACGCACGCGCCGCGCACCCCGCUGCGGGCCCCAGCGCCGCAUCCGCCGCAGAUGUGCGGCCCGCACCCGGGGCCCAUGCCGGGGCCGCAGAUGGUGGGGGCCCAGUCGCCGUUAGGAGGAGGGAUGGGGCAAGGACAGAUGUCGUCGCCUCGCCUGGCUGCGGCGCCUUCCAUGUCGCCAGCUACGCCACAAAUGCCUUCAAUGAACAGGCCGAUGUCGCUGCCAAGUCCUCAACAGAUGGCGCUGGCUCAACAGAGAGCGGUGGCCCCCAAACUGGAACCGCCCGAUACGAUGGACGCCCGCGCUAUGUGGCUGCCUAAACGAAUGAAUCAUUCUGCAAUGCCAGUCACUAUGUCUCCGGGUGCCACUACUCCUCUCAUAGAUGGUUCGACCACUACCUUCUUCACUUCGGAACAAACUUCUAAUGAUUCUCCUCAGCUCGCGCAGCCAUUGUCUAACAGCCACGCAGCGGGCACAGUGUCCCCGGGCUCCGGCGAGGGCUCGCAGCAGAAUGGCUUCACCACCGACGGCAGCCCCGCGCCGCAGCCCAGUCCUCUGCCGCACCGCACCCAGCAUCAGCAGCAACAAGGCACUUGGACGGGUAACAACACGCUGACAUACACGCAAAGCCUGGCGCCUCCGCCCGCCGCGCCGCCCGUCCCACUGGAUGCUCCACCACAUCAUCACUAUUUAGGGCAACCCGUUGCAGACAAUGGCAACCCCGGCGGGUUGCUGUCAAGCCAGCCGGCGCCUGAAUACUGGUGUUCGGUGGCGUACUUCGAGCUGGACACGCAAGUUGGAGAGACGUUCAAAGUGCCGUCCAGCCGACCCAACGUUACCGUUGAUGGCUACGUAGAUCCUUCAGGCGGCAACAGAUUUUGUUUGGGCGCUCUCAGUAACGUGCACCGGACAGAGCAGAGUGAACGCGCGAGGCUGCACAUAGGUAAGGGAGUACAACUGGACCUGCGUGGUGAAGGCGACGUGUGGCUGCGCUGCCUGUCCGACCACUCCGUGUUCGUGCAGUCGUACUAUUUGGAUCGUGAGGCGGGUCGAGCGCCGGGCGAUGCCGUGCAUAAGAUUUAUCCUUCUGCUUGUAUUAAGGUAUUCGACCUCCGUCAAUGCCACCGUCAGAUGCAGACACAAGCAGCCACAGCGCAGGCCGCGGCCGCCGCCCAAGCCGCCGCCGUCGCCGGACACAUACAGCCACAACAUCCCACCAUGAACAAGUGUCUGUCAGCAGCCGCCGGCAUCGGGGUGGACGACCUGCGGCGCCUGUGCAUCGUGCGGCUCAGCUUCGUGAAGGGCUGGGGGCCCGACUACCCCAGGACCUCGAUCAAGGAGACGCCCUGCUGGGUUGAGGUGCAUUUGCAUAGAGCGCUCCAGCUUCUGGACGAGGUCCUGCACACGAUGCCGAUCGACGGUCCUCGGAGCACCAUCGAGUAGGAGUUGAUUGGCUUCUUUUGAGGCCUUCGAGCGACCACACAGUGCGGGCACAGGACCCAGCAGUGCGGUGCAGUGCACGGGAUUGUUCUAGUGAUGUGAUGUGCGGAGUGAACCACUGACAUACUACUUGUGUCUCAACAUCUACCCGUUUUUUUUAACAGUGAACAACCUUAUGAAGUGCCACGGUUACUUUUGGGACUGGUAAAGACAUUGAACGGUUUAUGUUGUCCCCAGAACAUAAGUAGUAUGCCAUUUAGUCAUUCUACAGAGCAAGAUGCCAUAUGAAUAGCAUUUAUUUUAUUAGUCAUUAUUUUUAAAAUUGUGAUCACAAAAUUACUUUUUCGGCCUAUGUCUUCCAAAUUGUUUUGUCUUCCGGCAUUUAAAUGUUUUAUUUCAUUUGGUUUUGGUAAGAAAUUUGUUGGUUUUUGAAACAAAAAUGUAAGUUUGCACCGGUUGUGGAUGUGCAUCGCUCGCGUUAUAAUAAAGGUGAACUUAUAAUUAAUGUCUUGUAUCUAUUUAUACUAAAAUAUAAGUAGUCGCAGUAAAUAAGUUAAAAUAUAAUAGAUAUGUAACAGUAUUGAGAUGGAACAAACUAAAGAACAUAUAUAAGGGAUCUCAGUAAAAUAUUUUUCACAAAUCCUAAAUGAAGUUAAAUAAUGUAAGAUAUUAGUAUUUAUAAAAAAUAUGAACGGCACAUACAAACAUUGUCAUUGCUCAACCGAAUGAAAUGAGUUAGUGAUUCUAUUUGUGUAAACAAACGAAUUUUAGUAACAGCUAUACCAAAUUAAGGCAUUUUUUAUAAUAAAGCGUAGUGUACAUGAUAAAACAAGACAUAAUUAUGGUUCAACUUGAAAGAAGCCAAAUGGGAAUUAGCUUUCGAUAGAGAGUUCUAUCGCAUUGUUGUAAGGUAGUUUUAGAGUAAUUUAUGAUAUUUGUAGUGUCGAGGAAGUGAGCAGAGAGGCGCAGAGGGUAAGGCUGUAUUUUUGUUAGCGUGAUGUGUGCCUCAUUAGAGGAAUUGCAUGGACACACACACAUGACCCAUACACACAUAUAUUGUAAGCGUGUGUGUGUGUAUAGCUGAUGUGUGCUUAUUUCGUUAUUUAUUUAGUUCUAAAACUACAAAGUUCAUGCAAUUUCGCUAAGUCUAUAGAUGAUCUGUGAUGAGCUAACAAAACGUGUAUAGUAUGCGUAAGCGCACUUGAAGUCGGCUAAUGUGAAGUUCUCACUAAAAAGUGUGACUUUAUUAUUUUCGGUGAAUGUCUACACUAGAUGUAAGUUAAGAAUAAAAUGACAUAUUUUGUGUACGAGAAACGUAAAUGGUUAUAGAUUAUAAGGUUAGUAAUGGUGUUUUUAAAAAAGUGUAUGAGAUUUUUUGUCGUUUGCUUAAGAUUUGCUUUAAUUAUUAUUACUUGGCAGAUUAAUAAUUAUCUUGUGUUGAAUGAUUUUAUACAGUUACUGUUAGUGAACGUUAGUGUUUUCGAUUUUUUAUCAUAUUUUUUUUUAUUAAGACGAAUACGAUCGAACUUGUCGAUGAUAAACUAAUAUAGUGUUUAUUAUUUUAACUCUAACAGAGAGAAUAUUAUGCUUGCAGUUUUCUUUUUACAUAAAAUAAUCAGUUUUUUUAUAAAUGUUCAAUUUUACGUUGACAACGAGUGAUCAUCACAAAAUAUUAUAUUAUUUUUGUUAUUGCUUAUAACGGUUUAGUUUAUGCGUCGGAAUUUUACAAUUUACAAUUAUUAAUAUUGUUACCAAUGUCUUUGUAAAGAUUCGGAUUAUGCAAGUUUUGUAAAUAGUACAAUUUAUUGAGAAUAUUUUUCGUAUAACGUGAAGCGCGAUCACGCUCCCCAAUUACAAAGCAAAGAAAUCGCGAGACGGUACUUAGCAGUAAUAUAUAAUCAUGAAAAAUUCUCUUAGAAAGCUUCUCACAAAAUCGUGUAUCAAAAAUACCUCUUUAUAGUGAUGAAAAGGAUUUCAAGGGUUUUAGAUGAUAUUAAUACGUGGUAAGUUUUUUAAAUGAUGUUGAAGUUUUGAAAUAAUAAAGAUAUUUGUCAAAUUCUACAUAGGACAGUUAUCGAGAGCCGUAAUGUUGGAACCUCUCGCGUACAAUUAUAUUGUAAACCAUUGACUAACAGUUAUUGGAGAUAUACCGAAGUUAUCCAAAGUUUGAAGACUAAUGUUUGUUGUUCGUAUGAACAUUAAUAAACUAUGGCUUUUGUAAAUAAGCGCGUCGUAUUCUUGUUUAAAACAAGUUAUUGAACGUUGUACCGGCGACAUCGAUGUGGUCCUAUAUCCCGUGAGAAUGAUUUCAAGUAGCCUGUCUAACAUUUUAUUGUGAUUAGCGUAAAGUCUGCCAAGUUAGAACAACAUUGGUAGCGUCCUAGUUAGUAUUAAGCGUUAGUAUUGACUGAGAGGCGCUAUUUCUUCUUGCCUAAUUUACAGUAAAGACGUACAAUUUAUUGUGUAUUAUUUUAUUCUCAAUAAUUUUGUUGGCAGCUUGUCUGGAGGAGGAUAUUCCAUCUUCUGAUUCUAAACAAAAAUCGAUAAAGGCAAGUUGAAAUGUUGCCAGCACUUAUAAUGACAUUUAAUAUUAACAAUUAAAUAUUUAAUUCAGUUCGACAAUUAAAUAGGGUAAAAAUCUUGUCAUAAAUUGUUGUAAACAAUGUCCUCGCAAUUUUACGUAAGAAUUUUGUGAAUUUUAGUAAUAUUAAGAAACUGCCAUGUAUUUUUGACAUUUCACUGUUGUUUUUCACUUGAAACCUGGUGUUUGUUGAACAAAGAGGGAUGUAGAAUGCACACCGUGUAACAUAGCCUUUAGCGCAUAGUUAAGAGUGAAACUAUGAAACAAAUGAAUAUAAAGGUUAUUCCUCUAA